AGAUAGAUACAUUGAAUCUCAUUCCAUCUGAUCAAACGUUCGAGUGGAGACAAGUGGUGUAAAAUUCUGAGUGUGCUGUGCUUCAACAAAAAUUAUGACAUUUGUGAAAUUUUACGGUUUGCUAUUGAUCUUCACCUUGGUCCAGACAUUGUCUUCCGGCAAUCUUCUGGAACAGCGACAAACAAAACAAGAAUUGUUCGAGGACACAUAUCCUUUCGAAAUAAUAGCCGAUUUCGAUGAGCAAGCUAAAUCUGAGGAUAAGAAUAAUACCUACGUAUCCAGUAUUUGGAUAGGAUCCGUUCGAGUGAUCAAUGAAAAUCUUCUGGAUAUUACUUUCUCUGAACAAUCCUUUGAUAUCAUGACAAAAUACGCACAUAACGGAAGAGGAGGUGAACUAUCUGAGUUAAUUUUCUUCAACGGGAAGAUGUAUACAUUUGAAGACAAAACCGGAAUAAUCUUUGAUGUGUCUAAUAAUCAAUUGAUUCCUUGGGUCAUAUUGGGAGAUGGAUUUGGCAAUGAAACCAAUGGCUUCAAAUGCGAAUGGGCAACUGUGAAGGAUGAUCAUAUUUAUGUAGGAUCCAAUGGACUUGAAAACUACGGAGAUUCUGGAGAAAUUGAGAAUCAUAAUAAUUUUUUUGUGAAAAAAGUCGCCAAAACUGGGGAAGUAUUUCAUGAAAAUUGGAUUUCCAUCUACGAGAACAUCAGAAGUACCCUUGGAAUGUCUUUUCCUGGUUUUAUCAUCCACGAAGCCGUCAUGUGGUCACCAAUUAACCAAAAAUGGAUUUUUUUACCACGGAAAUGUUCUGCUCAAUCAUACGUAAAUGCCACAGUUGAUUACAUUGGUUGCAAUAAGAUGAUUAUUGCCAAUGAAGAUUUUUCAACGAUAGAACAUUUAGAGAUUCAAGCUAUUCCUCAACCAUUAGAACGUGGCUUUUCUAGCUUUAAAUUCCUCCCUGAUUCUGAUGAAAAGAUCAUUGUUGGCCUGACAACAGUGGAAAUGGAAACAUCUAAUAGAGCAUUUUCCACUUCCAUCAUUGCUUUUGAUCUUCAAGGGAAAAUUCUCUAUCCAGAAACUAAAAUAGUUGAUAAGAAGUACGAAGGAUUGGCUUUCUUUAAACACACUACAAGUGCUUCAUCAAAUAUCUUACAAAAUUCCCCAUUGAGAUUUGUGAUAAUCAUUCUUCUGGCACAGAUUCUAUUUUUCACAUAGUAAUAUAAAUUUACACAGUAGUUCUCUUAAUCUCUACGUACACAACCACUAUUUAUUUUGUGAAUAUUAAUUGUUUACUAAAAAAUAAAAAAAAAAAAUAAAAGAAUGUUGCAUAUUUAAUGAGUUACCAAGAGCUUUUGUAUCACUCUCUAGCUAGAGAACAAAUUACUAGAAAUUCUCUAGGCUAGAGUUGCAGAAAUGUCUCAAUCAAAUCAUACAAAAACCAUACAUAAUUACUCAAUAAUCAUGUAAAUACAGAAAAUCUUGUUAAAAUGUACAAAAAGAACCAACACAUUUGGUUAUUAACACUUUUAUUAUAUCCACAAUUUCCCUAUAUAACACACAGAAGUUCUUGAGCCCAAUUAUUCUGUUGUGGGAAAUCUCUUGAACAUUUUCAAAAUGUUUCUCAAAUUUUGUAUGGUUGCUUUUGCCAUUUGCCUCUCAAUAAAUCUCUCAGAGGGAGCUCCAAGAAGUGGAACAAUCUACAAUUUUGCCAUUAUAGCUGAUUUGGAUAAAAAAUCUAUCAGCCCAAAGAAUGAUAACAAUUACAAAAGUAUCGUGAAAGUGGGUGAAUUGAUUGAAGUAGGAGAUAAGUACAGUGUCAAAAUGAAGAAAGAAGAUCACGAAAUAUUCACUAAAUAUGCAUACAAAGGACGAGGAGCUGAAUUAUCUGAAUUCCUGAUUUAUAAAUGGAAACUUUACACUUUUGAUGACAAAAGUGGAAUUGUCUUUAGACUGAAAACCAAUGCAGACCUCAUUCCUUGGGUAACUCUCGCAAAUGGCAAUGGAGAUCAAACUGAUGGCUUUAAGGCAGAAUGGGCAACAACUAAAGGUGACAAAAUGUACGUUGGAUCAACUGGAAUUUCUUUUACUGACAAAACAGGCAAAUUAAAUAGCAACUCCCUCUGGAUCAAAGAAAUCGAUCAAGACGGAAAGGUUCAGAGUUUAGAUUGGAAAGAAAAAUACGACAAAAUAAAAAGUGCUAUGAAAAUUCCUAAUGGAUUUAUUUGGCACGAAGCUGUUAAUUGGUCAAAACUCAAAAAUCAAUGGGUCUUUCUACCAAGAAAGUGCUCAGAACGUCCAUUUGAUACCAAAACUGAAGAGACUAUUGGAUGUAACAAGAUAAUAAUUGCCAGUGAAAAUUUCGAAAUAAUCAAAUCUAUUCAGAUUCGAGGAAAAUCUAUUAAUCGUGCCGCAGGAUUUUCUUCAUUCAAAUUCCUCCCCGAUAGUGAUGACCAAAUCCUUCUUGCAUUGAAGACUAUCGAAAAGGACGACAAAACUGCUACAUACAUUACAGUAAUUGAUAUCACUGGAAGAGUUUUAAUGCCAGAAAUGCAGAUCAAUAGCGAUAAAUUCGAAGGAAUUGUGCUUUUGAAAAGCACCGAAGGAUUUUUGAAACGCAAUCAAUAAUAAAAAAAUAUAUAUAAUUAUCUCAAUUUAA